AAUGCAGCUUUAACAUUUAAUCUACUGCCUUAGCUUUGCAAAGAGAGGUUUCCUAUUCUAUUCUAACUCCAGGUAAGAAUGCAUGCACAAACAGCUGUUCAUCAGAUAACCUCCAAGUCAAGGCAAAUUUUUAAGAACAUUCAUCUGAAAGAGCCACGCACAAAAAUCUGUGUCUGCUUCAUAACAAUGCUUGGAACACAGCAUACAAAGCCUCAGCAGGAAAAAAAAGAUAAAAAAAAAAGAUAUAUUAUUCAGCAUAUUUUCCACUUUGUUGCUAAGAAACUGUUGCUUCAUUUUCCUAUUGCCAUUUGCAGAAAAAUUCUGAUUGUUCAUUUGCUACUUUGGUCAACUCAUUGUAACAGCUAUGUAAUUAAAAGGGUAUAAAGGAAAACACUGGAAAGUACUCACUGUGUUGUCAUCAUCUGUAAAGUGGCCUCUCCUAUUCUCUCCUAUAAUAUAGUGCCUUCCAAUAAAAUAAAAAAAAAUAAAUGGAUGUACACAGAAAAGAUCUUCAAACUUGUUUUUAUGUAAUGUUUAAUAUUUGUAACAGAACAAGCUGCAUUCCAUCUCUUUCCUUAAGAACUAGCAAUGUUCUCCUACAGUGUCUAAUCUGCUAGCUACUGUCCAAAAAACAGUUAAUUGCACUUGCACAAAGACAGAAUAACAACAACAACAAAAAGACAUUUCUGUUUCUUCUCAUACUUUACAGGUAUUUGUAAGAUUUCUGAUGUGAGAGUAGGAUCUACUAGCAAAUUACUUUAUGAAGUUUAUUUGUAUUUUAAAAAAGAAUAGGGGUUUUUUGUUGUUGUUUCGUUUGCCCAGGUUUACUAAUUAUUCAUACACAUAAGGCAGAAUUUAUUUACAUUUUUAAGUGGGGAUAAUAAUGUUAAAAAUCUCAAUGGCAUCAGCUCCUCAGCAGGGAGUUCUUCUACACAACAUUCUAUCAGGAAUUUUCUCAACUGUUUUUAAUGAGCAGGGAACUGGAAAACAUCUCCAGAAGCAUGAGUACACCUCUGGAGUACGUCGUAACAUGGAUCAAAUGAUACUGGGCAUGGUACAAAGGCUGGAGCUCAGUGUAGCCCCAACACUUCCCCAUAGGCAGGAAGAAUGCAUGUGCCCCAGUUCAGGAUGUGAAGGAGUUUGCUUGUGUGGACAUAGUGAAGCCACAUCAGUUACCAUACCUCAGAGCCAGAUGGACACUGUUCCACUCCUAACAAAGAAAGCCAGUGAGUCUAGCUCCUUGCUAUGACAACCAUGCACAAGAUCUGCCAUAAAUAUGUCAAAUCUUAUAUUAAAACUAACAACUUUUUGUCUUUGAGUAAUCUUUACUCACUGGUUGCCAUAGAAACUUCACAUUUCCUACCUAAAAUUACUGUUGGCCAGUUUACUGAAUAUCUUUUUGUGCCAAUGUUGUCCUUUACUUUAAUUCAUUCAUUCUUUCCUGAAAGUCAAAGGCUGUAUUCACACCUACCCAAAUCCUAGGUUAAACUGAGCACAUGGAUAUCAUCUGUAGAGUAGGCUCUUCAUUUACCUCGUCACCCUUACAGCCCUCUCUGCAUCUGCUGCAGCUUUACUUCAUCUUUCCAGAAUAACAGUGACCAGAACAAUAUCUAGUAUUACAUAGUGCAAUCUCAGAGAAGUCAUACCUUCCGUGAAGAACUGCACAGGUAUUAGUUUAGCAAACAUACCACAUUGGCAGGUCAUAGUUAUCUUGUAAUCAGUUAAUACACAAGGUCCACAAUAAUCUAAAACUAAUUAACUCCUGCCUUAAUAGUCUAAAUUCUGAGUAUUAGCCUUAGCUGAAUGGUGCUGCACUUCUCAGGAGUAAAACCAUCCCAUUAUUCUGGUUCUCCAAGUCCUUUCAAUCUAGCAGGUAACUCAAUUCCCUUCUGUAUUAGUAACAUUGUGACAUCAGAAAAUUUAAUAUUGUAUCACAGUUAUUAAUGAAAUAGGAUUAGUUCCCAAGACUUAAGAACCUCCUUAAGUAAAUUCCUUACAUCUGAUAGGUUAAUCUAUCAAUCUACGCACCAGUGUGCUCCCUCAAGUGCAUUUCAUUCCCUCUUUAGCUUAUUCUUUCUAUCUCAAAAUUCUCAUCUAUUCCUUGUUAUUUUUUAUAUAAAAAUAUUUUGACCGUGUCCAGAUAUAAUAGAUGAACUAUAUUUUUCUGUCCAGAAAACAAUCUAUCCUACCUCCUUUCUUCCUCCCUCAAAGAUAAGAGGACAAGUAAAACAGCCUAAUUUCACAUUUCCACUUUGUUAAGCAGUAUUUUAUUUCAUUCCUUAUCUUCAUUAUUUCCUUUAUUACUCUUUCCUUCAAAAUACAUUCUCAAGUACCUACUGCAUCUGACUUUAUUUGCAACAACUGCAGAUGUUUCCCUCAUCUUAAAUGAAGACUCCUCUGCUAUUCUUUAGUCACUCAGAAAGAUCUUAACCUUGAAAAAGUGUUUUUCUAUUGUAACUACUGUUAAAUGUGCCAGUGCUCUUAAAACUCAUGCUUGGAGAUUAUCUUGUCCUGUUGUUCUGAGUCUAUCAGCUGAAGAAAAAGCCCUAUGUCUUUGGCAAAGUGUAUUCUAUACCAAAAAUACUUCAGGUAAAUAAGCAGAUCAGCUGCAAAGUUAAAAAGAUGGAGAGAGAGGAAAAUAAAAAGAAGAAAAAAGAAAACACCAACAAAAAACAGAAGUGCAGUCAAAGGAUUAUAUGCUUUUAAAUAAAUAAAUUGGUGAGACAUAGGAAAAAGGUUUCAGAAUACUGUAGAAAGAAAAAUCCAACACAAAAUUCUCCCCCAGUUCACAUUCUCUCUCUCAGAGCUAUUAUUUUUAUGGUGCUAUGUCUUAAUGGAUCUUGUCAGUUCUAGAGUGAUAUUCUAUACCUUUUAAAUAUGGAAACAAAGGCCUUGAGCGCAAGAAAACCAAGAUUUUACAUUCCCACCCCAGGACCAGGGCAACAGCCUCACCUGACAUUCCAGAAAAGACAGAAGAUCCGAUUCUACAGCCUGCAAAUCACAAGAGAUUCCAAGUACCCCACAGGCCAGAGACUACAUUUCUGUCAUGCAAAAUGUGCCAUAAGGUCAGUAUCCAUAUAAAUCAUGAUACGGUGACAUUCUUUUAUUAGCUGUCGUGGCUAAUAAGAUCAGUUGUUAAGCAGAUACUGAUCUCAGUGCCUGCUUAACUACUGAUCUUCCUGCAAGAGAAAGAGAAAAAUCAAAAAUACACUAAGGCAGUACAGAUUUGAUUACUAACUGAAAACCCACAUCAGUUGCUCAGACACAGAUUGAGCUGUACCUAGCCCUGAAUUUGGCUACCAUACCACUGAUCCCAGAAUUAAAGGUAUUGGUGGAAGAUAUCUCUGGCUUGACCUGCUCUAGGAGAACUGAUAUGAGUCUUACAAACAUACAAGGGGCACGGUUCAUAACUAUUACUAAUACUAGCUAUUAUUUCCAAUUAACAGUUUCCUGGUAUUUAUGUAACUGCUGAUCUAAAGAAGUCUUAAGAUGAAAAGCAGAUCUUCAGAAGCUUUGUUUCUCACUGGCAUUUUAACCAACAGCUCACUCUGCACUGUAAGUAACAACUGUAUUUACCAACUGUGUAACAGUGAACUUUCCUGCAGGAAACAAAUGUGCAUGUCUUGUAGAGGAACCCUUGUCACUAAAUACCAAAGCUGUGUCAUUCUGAGGUUAUACUCAGGAAGAUUAACGUUACUGUAAAACUAAGCAAACAUUUAGUUUCCCCAGUUAUGCCUUUUCAAAAGGACUCAGAACCUUAAUGCCUCUUAUACAAGAAGUUGAUACCAUGGCAGUAAGGAGAGUUGCUACCUCUUUUGUAGACAGACCAUUCUGAACUUCAGUGCUCAUAUAAAUAGUAAUCUGCCUUCUUUCAAACUAGGAUUUAGGGACUGUCCCUCUGUCUACAAAUAGCACACAGAAAUCAGCUGCAUCAACAAACAGAUUUUUGAGGGAAAAAAAUCUCAAAAGCUCCUACGCUCUGUAAAGAUAUGUCCAAAUUAAAUUAAAAAGCAAAAUUCAACAUAGAUUGGCAAGUCAUUAUUCUGUUAAAUCUUUCCUUCCAGAUAGAGGUACAAACUCUGAAACUAUUUAAGGACAGAUAAAUUAGCAAGUAUCCUACUAUCCACAUUUUAUCUAACUCUUUAUUCAGAAGUCAGCCACAUCUAAAUUUGAGAGUAAUCAAUUUCUUUUGUUUCUGCAAAUUUGUUUUUGCUGAAAUCCAGUAAAAAGGAGAAAUAAAGCAGUAAAACUCUAAAGUAGGAAAAAUUUGAACCUAAGUGAUAAGUUUGAACCUACACAAUCUGGAGAGAAAGAUACUUUGAAUGAAGAAACACUUAAUAAAGACUGCUGAAACCUCUCAUUAAGGUUGGCUGGGAAGCUCCAAUCAAAACUUCUACCAGCUCACUAGCACCAGCAGUUAUCAACAUCUCCAGUUCACUAUACAUAAAUGAGGUUUGCAGGUUUAACUAUAUCAAAUCCUGCUUCCUGAACUUGCAGAUUCUCACUGGUUUUAACUCAGUUUCUAUAUAACAUGAGGAGACAGCAUCAAAUUUCAAUUGCUCUUAGGAGUAUAUGAAUUGGAAGCAACUCCCUGUUUUAUGAAUUAGCAGAUCCGCGUUAAUGAGGAUUAUCUGGAACUGAAACUAUCCUUCAAAUGACUUAAUGUUCUUAUUUCUGUCCUUGGCCUUAACAGCUUUUUAAAAAAGCUUUCAAUUUUCCUAUCUUCUCACAGAACCAAGAAACACCUGCAGAUACCACCGAGAAGAAAUAAUUGUAAUUGCUGCUGUAAUUGCACCUAAACCUAAUACCCUAGUCUCUCCAACCUCAAAAUAUGUGACUUUUUUUCCUCUCUCCCUCACGUCUCAUAUAAAAUAAAGCCUCUCAGGACAACUGCCAAUCUUUUAACAGAAAUAAAAUCUCCCACGAUCAUAGUAAACAAUGCACAAUGCCAUCUCCCCUCACCAAGCUCAAGCUGCAAACAGCAUUUGAUCACACCAGAAAAAAAGACCCAUGCUGUGACCUCGGCGGUACAUUUGCUUCUAUAGCUGCUGGCAGCUGUUCUCCAGAUCGCAUUACUUCACCUCAGUGCUAACUCAAAACAGGGAAUAAUGGAGAACGCAGCAACACAUAAGCAAAACAGAGUGACAGGGUUCCUACUGAAAGCGGCAAUGACACGCAACCUUAGCUGCUAAUUUUAGAGCUGAAAUUUAAGAGGCCCUUUAUGCAUUUUCACUUGAACGAGACCUAUUCUGCACACAACGAUACAGAAAUCAUCUAUGGGGAUGUUGAUUAUAUUUUGAAAGAAAAAAAUUAAUCUGCAGGAAGGCAAGUUUUCCCAUACUUCCUUUGUCAAGGCUACACCAGCCCGCCUAAUGCAUGCUUUAGUAUAAUUUAUGCAAACAGCACCAUAGCUACCGCUGUACUCGCAAAGCACGGAAGAGGUGCGUAGGUACGGGCACGCAGGACCCACGCUACGCUGCGGGCAGCGCGCCGCCGGCCCACGCUGCACAAACGAGCGCAUGCGCACUACGCUCCACCUCCCGCCGUCCCCAGGGCGCACGGCGGGCGCCGCGCAGUGACGUCACUUUGUAAUGGCGGCGCCCACGGGGAGCUCACGCGGCGGGUGGCGGCGUUAACGGCAGCCGAGGCCGAGUCCUGAUCACGCCCUGACCCCGUGACUGUGUGUCUUUUUAGGUAAAAAUGAAGUUCAGAAGAGGAGGGAGAUUUACACCUUCUGCUAAACUGAGGCGAAAGGGUAUUGAAGUAUUGGGAAAAUGGAAAACUGUGGAAAUCGACCCCAAUCUACUUGUUGAUGAGCAGUUUAAAGAUGUAGUGUGUUUAGAGGAGCUUACGGAGUACAAGCUAGUAAGUUCUGACAAAGUGGGGAAAGGAAAGAAGCAGAAGAGAAAGUCUGAGGAUCUUUCAGAAGAAGGGAGCGAGCAGGAGGAAGAAGCUGUUGUCCCUCCCAAAAAGAAAUGCAAAGGUUUGAGAACCAGAGUAGAUAAAAGCGAUGAUACUGGUGCAACAGAAGUUGACAUGCCAGUUGAUGAGGGGAAGAGAUGUGAAAAAAUAGUCAAAGAGGCAAAUCGUAGGGACUGUGGGCAUAUAGCUGAGAGCACUUCUAGCACAAAAAAUGUUGCAAAGAAAAAGAAAAAGAAAGAGAAGGUAGUUAAAAAUAAGACUUCUCAAGCUCAGGAUGCUUUUCCACCAGUAACUACAUCUAAAAAAGUAAAAAAUUGGACAACAGAAGUUUUGUCUACCUCAACUGAUCACAGAGCUGAUGUGUCUGCAUGGAAAGACCUGUUUGUGCCUCAGCCAGUGUUGAAGGCCUUGAGUUUCCUGGGGUUUAGUGCUCCAACUCCUAUUCAGGCGUUAACUUUGCCUUCUGCCAUCCGGGAUAACAUGGACGUUCUUGGCGCUGCAGAAACAGGAAGUGGCAAAACGCUUGCAUUUGCAAUUCCUAUGAUUCACUCUGUACUGGAAUGGCAGAAAUCAAAUAGCUCAGUGAGGAUAAAUGACAGUGUUUCUAAAAAGCCCUAUCAGCAUCAUGAUGAAAUGAAAUGGGAAAAUGACGAUGAAGCAGAAGAACCAAACCAUCAGGAGGUUGAAGACAGUGGAGAUGAAGAUGUUGCAUCUUUUGCAGCAGGCUGCGUGAACAUGCAGGAAAGUGCUGAAUUUGAUUCUAGUGAUAAAGAACAUACUGCUGGCCUCCAUAAGAAGAGACCUCUUCUAGGACUGGUCCUUACUCCUACAAGAGAAUUAGCUGUGCAAGUGAAGCACCACAUUGAUGCAAUUGCAAAGUUUACAGGCAUUAAGACUGCUAUUCUGGUUGGAGGCAUGGCAGCACAGAAGCAAGAACGUGUACUGAAUCGCAAGCCAGAAAUUGUAAUAGCAACCCCAGGCCGUCUGUGGGAGCUAAUUAAAGAAAGACACCCACAUCUCUCAAAUCUCCGUCAGCUCAGGUGCCUUGUGAUCGAUGAGGCAGACCGAAUGGUUGAAAGAGGUCAUUUCUUGGAGCUGUCUCAGUUGCUAGAAGUCUUAAAUGAUUCACAAUACAAUCCUAAACGACAGACUUUUGUUUUUUCUGCCACUCUGACAUUAGUCCAUCAGACUCCCACAAGAAUUUUACAGAAAAAGAAUGCAAAAAAGAUAGACAAGAAGACCAAACUAGAAAUGUUAAUGGAAAAAGUAGGAAUAAAGGGCAAACCCAAAGUGGUAGACUUAACGAGGAAAGAGGCUACUGUUGAGACUCUGAUGGAGACCAGAAUCCACUGUGAUACAAAUGAGAAGGACUAUUACCUUUAUUACUUUCUUCUCCAAUAUCCAGGAAGAACUAUGGUCUUUGCAAACAGCAUAGACUGUAUAAAACGCCUCAGUUCUCUCCUCACAAUCUUAAACUGUGAUCCUCUUCCUUUGCAUGCUAACAUGCAUCAGAAGCAAAGGCUAAAAAACUUAGAACGGUUUGCUGAGCGAGAGAGCUGUGUCCUCCUGACAACAGAUGUUGCAGCUCGUGGUCUUGAUAUUCCCAAUGUGCAGCAUGUCAUCCACUACCAGGUCCCUCGUACUUCUGAGUUGUAUGUACACAGAAGUGGUAGGACAGCUCGAGCUGCCAAUGAAGGCCUUAGCCUGUUGUUGAUUGGCCCUGAUGACCUGAUCAAUUUUAGGAAAAUUUAUAAAACCUUGGAGAAGAGUGAAGAGCUGCCACUUUUCCCAGUUGAAACAAAGUAUAUGACUGCUAUCAAGGAGCGGGUGAAUUUGGCACGGCAGAUUGAGAAGGCAGAAUUUUUCAACGGCCGAGCAAAGCAACAUGACUCUUGGCUCCAGCAGGCUGCAGAGGCUCUCGAAGUUGAUCUCGAUGAUGACCUUUUUAUGGGAAAAAAAACUAGUGAGCAAGAAGAAAGCCAGAAGCAAAAGAUGCUGAAAGGAAUGAAAAAACAACUGAAACACAUGCUGUCCCAACCAUUGUUUAAGGUCCUUAUGAAAACAAAGUACCCAACACAGUCGGGGAAACUACUCCUGCCUCAGACUUCAGCUGGCAAUUCAGAAACUGCUCUGAGUAUCAUAUCAAGAAAACAAGCCAAGAAAAAGAAAUCAGCAAAAUCAAAUUAGACUGAGCAAGUUCACUUGUUGCAAUGGAAUCAAGAACUAUCCUUAUCAAGACUGACAAGAUAUUCUACUAGAAAACACACAGUAUCAGGAUGGUGCUUUUGUCUUAGUAGUGCAGGCACACAGCCAAAUGUUUAUCUAAAAAGGCACUGCUAGCGUGUAGUUAGUUACUCCUGAAUCUUGUCUUUGAUUAUUUUCUUAGGUUCUUUUUCUUAUUCUCUAUAUUAUUAGAGCUUAAUUAGUUUUAGAAUAGUUCUGUUCAUUGCAUCUCUUUAAGACACAUAAAAGUUACUGGGUAAAACUCACUGCGAACAGACUUAAUUUGAAUUUUCUUUUAAAGGAAAGGGACACAUAAGCUGCCGAUAGUGCAGAUUUGGCUUGUACUGCAGUUUAAUGAGAAAGGCAGCAAAUAUAGGUAGUGUUACCGACAAGUCUAUAGUUCCAGUAAUGAGAAUCUUUCCCAGUUUUCUUCCUCUGCUGAUCUGAUUUCUCAAUUCUAUUACACACCGUCUAAUUACUUUAGUCCUUUGUUAAUAUGUUUCAGAAUGUGGGGGGGGGAAAAGUGAAGGUGGCAGUGGUCCAGGACUAAUCUUGGGAGAUUUGCAGUCCAGGCAGAUUUCUCAGGAAUGAUUAUUGCUAUAAAACAUGUUAUUAAUUAGUAUCUGGGGUUGUCUGUGUUUGAAAGCAUAUUUGAAUUAUAACCUUUCUUUUAAUAGAAGUGAUGUGAAAUGUCACUUCUGAAGAGUGUGUCUUCAUAAUUGUACUUUUAAAUCACUUCUACCUUUUCAGGGCAAAUGAUUUCUAAAAGUAUUUUUUUAAGCUAUGUCAAAAAAAUGUAUUUUGAAUUUUUGUUAAAUUGUAUCUACAAUAAAACCCAAAGUCUGUAUCUUCUUUCAAUUACUUG